AUGCCGUUGCUGCACCUCGAAGAUGAAGAGGUGGGCGACCUCGUGACCCAUCUCGUGGAGACCUUCCGAAAGGGGGUGAACAGUUUUAUCGAAGAGCUUGAUGCGAAGCUUCGGCAUGAGUUCGAAGCCCUGGAACGGAAGGAGGUCCAACUUCGCGUGGAGAGACAGGCUCUGGAUGAGAUGCGAAGGUGUCUGCGACAGGAGCAAGAUUCCUUAGAGGUGUGCAAGCACCGACAUGGAGCCAGGAAAACCCAGAAGCAGAUGAAAGUUCGCUUCAACGACGAGGACGAGAAACAGAUCGUUGACCCGCAGAUCGCAUCGGAAUUUCUGGUCAACGCACCUGAACCUGAGCCUAGCCCGGGCGACGAAAGCGAAAGCCGCGAGGCUGCCCUGUUCCGACGACACAGUCAUCUGUCGCUCCAUCCCUGGUCAGGAAACCCCAAGCCCAGCGAGACGGUCACCAUUGCUGGGUGCCAGUACGCUGUUCUGCCGUCGACAAGCCCAGAAGAUGAGACACGGCCGCGGCUUCGUGGCACCCUGAUCUCAGUACCCAGCGGCUGGUCCCUGCUGUCGACAUCUGUGGACGGCUUCGAGUACAUUCUUCAGCAGCUGACACUUCACUGCUGGGGUACUCCGUUGAUCGCCAUCCAGAGCCAGAAGGCCAUUGCUCUAACCGCCGCGGCCACGUCGAUUGCGCUGCUGGCAGCAUCACAGCUGAAGCCUGAGCAAGGAAAGCUCGAGAAGCCGCUGAAGCCCGAGAAGGCAUUGCUGAAGCAGCGCCUGGCAUUCUUUGCAGAUGCGCAAGGCUCUUUCGGUGCAGAUUGGUUUUCUGUUGCUGUUGGCAUGCAAGGUCUUCUGGCGGCUCAGAGUGAUGCAGCAUUCUACAAGAAGCGUCUUCAAGAAAAAUGCGUCGGCGCCUGCCAGCAGGCAGCCGCGCGGCGUUUGGCUUUCGAGGCCGGAGCCUUGGCUGCUGUUUCUCGCACUGCACUCCGGUGCCGAUGUCUGCAAGCUUGGCGGUCUCUAGCCCGAGCACGAUUCUGCGAUGUGUCUGCAGAGGAGUACAGCUCGCUGCUCGCAGCGCAUCUUGAACAUAACGAGCGCUGCCUGCGAGUUCUCGAGGCUUGGGCCGUGGGUUUGGAGGCCGGCGGAAGUCAGUGCACUUCAUCGAUUCAGAAAAUGCAUGUGUCGUCAUGUGUCCAUCUUAUGUGA